CCGCCAGGGAGAGGCAGGUGCACGCUUGCCCGCUAGACCGCCCGCCGCGCGCCGUCGCGGUCUGUCCCAGGCAUGCCUUCGCUCUGCGCCUUGCUGGCUCUCGGCUUCCUGCGGCUCUGCUCUGGUGUGAACUUCCAGCCCCAACUGGCCAGCGUGACCUUCGCCACCAACAACCCCACCCUCACCACUGUGGCUUUGGCGAAACCUCUCUGCAUAUUUGACAGCACAGCAACCCUCUAUGGCCCCCAUCAGGUCUACCUCUACGUCCUGGUUGCCUCGGCCAGCACCAGGAACGCCUCUGUGCAGGAUGACACCAAGGCGCCGCUGAGCUCCACGUUCCAGCAAAUGGACGGAGGGAGGACAGGCCCGUACAAGGCCUCCGCCUUUGACCUGCACCCCUGCAGCAACCUGCCCAACUUGGAUGCAGUAGGGGAUGUGUCGCGGGUCUCGAAUAUCCUGAAUGCAUACCUGGUUAGGGUAGGCGCCAAUGGGACCUGUCUGUCUGACCCCAACUUCCAGGGCGUCUGCAACCCACCCCUGUCAGCGGCCACGGAAUACAGAUUCAAGUAUGUCCUUGUCAACAUGUCCACCGGCUUGGUACAGGACCAGACCCUGUGGUCGGACCCCGUGCGCACCAACCAGCUCACCCCGUAUUCCGCGAUCGACACGUGGCCGGGCCGGCGGAGUGGCGGCAUGAUCGUCAUCACGUCCAUCCUGGGCUCCCUGCCCUUCUUCCUGCUCCUGGGCUUUGCCGGUGCCAUCGUCCUCAGUCUCGUAGACACGGGCGAUUCUGAUGGGGAAGCCACGUACGACUCCCAGGUCACGCAGGAGGCCACCCUCGAGUCCCUGGGGACCUCGGAGGCUUCGUACACGUCUGUGAACCGGGGGCCGCCCCUGGACAGGGCCGAGGUGUACGCCAGCAAGCUCCAGGACUGAGCUGGGGCAGUGACCUCCUCCCCUGGCCCCAUCCAAGGCGACACAGGGCCUGUCGGU